AUGGCUUCCGGUUCCAGUAGUAGUUCCAAGUCUGAGCAGCAACUUUUAGAAAAAUUAGAAGCUCCUCAGCAAAUGCUAAAUGAUGAUGAUGAUGAUGAUGAUGACUACUCCAGCAAGCAAAUGAAGCACAUAGCUUUGGUGGUUAUAGGCAUAGUUGUGGUUAUGAGCAAACCAAUGGGCAUGAUUUGGGCAGUUGUGAAACCAAAACGACCCGUUUAUGCUAUCGAAUAUGGUUUGAUUUCAAAUGCGACAGUCCCAAGCAGCCUGGAAUCUCUCAUAGGCAACUUCAGGUUUGUGAUGAGGUCCUAUAAUCUAAACACCAAGACCACCAUAUACUAUGACUCAAUGAAGAUUUUAAGCCGUAACAGUAGCAACAAUGUGACUCGAAUUUCUUUUACUUUUUGCACAAGUCGAGAAGAAACCUGGUUAUGA